GUUUACGCCAUUGAGCAUGUCACGUGUUACCGGGGUACACACAAUGGAGCGGGACGUGACUGGCUGCAACACUGUCAGCCCCGACGCGUUUGAAAGCACCGGUUUAUACAUUGUGACAUAACCGCGGAGGCUGAAGCCAGCAGCGGCCAACAACUGCAGGAGUGCUGAGUAACGGCCUGACUUCACCUGCCGGGGCUGUCUUCCUUCCUCUUCUAUCAGCGGCGGCUCCUCUGGCUGUCCUCUGCAUUUUUCUCAUGCCUUUGUCCCACAGAGCGGUGAAAUAGAAACCGUCCGAUAACCACUAAGGAAAAUGUCGGACGUCAGCAUAGCAAAGCGGAAGGAGAAGUGUGAGAACUGCACCAAACAGUGCAACAAGAAACAGAGUGACGAUGGUGCCAACUCCCACCAGGAGAGAGAAGAAGUCAACGGACAGGUGAAUGAAGGACCUCAGUUGCUGCUGAGUGCGUGUCUGUCCUGCGACGGCUGCAUAUCAGACGAAGAGAACCUGAAGAUAUCUCAGCAGAACCUGCAGGAGGUGGAGCGCGUUCUGGCACUCAAUAAGAAAUGUGACGUGUCGAAGCACAAGGUGCUCGUAGCGUCGAUCUGUCCGCAGUCUCUGCCUUUCUUUGCUGUCAAGUUCGGUCUGGACAUCACAGAGGCUGCUCACAAGCUCUGUGGCUUCCUCAAGAGUAUAGGAGUGCAGCAUGUGUUCGACACCACUCUGGCAGCGGGCUUCAGCAUCUUGGAGAGUCAGAAAGAGUUUAUUCAGAGGUAUCGCAGGAGGCACCAUGACUCCCACGCCCUGCCCAUGUUCACCUCUUCCUGCCCAGGCUGGAUCCGCUAUUCAGAGCGUGUCCUGGGCAGUUUGGUCACCCCUCAUAUCUGCACAGCCAGGUCUCCUCAGCAGAUUAUGGGCUGUCUGGUCAAAGACUACUUCUCUAAACAGCAGCAGAAGCUGAGUCCGGAGAAAGUCUACCACGUGGUGGUGGCUCCCUGCUUUGAUAAGAAGCUGGAGGCUGUCAGAGAGGAGUUUUACAACAGCCUGCUGGAAACCAGAGAUGUUGACUGUGUCCUUACCUCAGGUGAGAUCUAUUGUCUGAUGGAGCAGAGGAAGGUCUCAGUGGACGAGCUGGACUCACUUCCACUGGACCACGUGCUGGGAGACACUGGAGACUUGGUGAUGGUAAGGCACGAGGGCAGAGGUUCUGAAGGCUUUCUGGAACACAUCUUCAAAAAUGCUGCCAAAGAACUCUUUGGUCUGGACGUCCAUGAGAUCACAUACAAGAACCUCAGGAACCGAGACUUCCAGGAAGUGACUCUGGAGCGGGAUGGGGAAACCCUGCUGCAGUUUGCUGCCGUCUACGGUUUCAGGAACAUCCAGACUCUGGUUCACCGAAUGAAAAAGGGACAUGUGCCUUACCAGCUGGUGGAGGUGCUGUCCUGUCCAGGAGGGUGCUUGAGCGGCCGCGGCCAGGCGGAGAGCGAGGUGGUUGGCCGGCUUGAUAAGGCCCUGAUCCAGCAGAUGGAGGAGGCCUACAGUAGCCUGCCAGUCCGUCUCCCGGAGGUCAACCCCGCCCUACACACCCUCUAUCAAGACUGGCUUCAGGGUCAGGACUCUUCACAGGCCAGCACACUCCUGCACACCAAGUACAAAAACCAGAGUCAGAGCCACACACAGCCUCCACACAUGCAGUGGUGAGGAGAAAGGCAGUGUUUGACUUUAAAGACAUGAUGGAGGUUGAACAGGGGGCUACAUCUGGGGUUGAUUCUGCUUGGACCAUCUCAUCAUUCAUGCUGAACCAUGAAGUUGAGGACCGUGCUGCUACAGCAGUUCUUCCAUUUGGCCACAGGGGGGUGAUGUCUGCAUUUAUAACUGGUGGAUCUCCUGUGCCAAACCUAAGACUGAGGACAAGCCAGGGUCCAGUGAAACACACACUCACACUUUAUGCAGACUGAGGCAGUGAUGUCAGUUUGUGGCAGAUAAUCGCAGACAAAAACAUUAGGUACAAAGUCACCUGAUGAGCCAGAUGUUCUGAGAAAUGAGGAAGUCAAGUGUGAAAUAUUUAUGUCUAUUUACAGAGCAAUAAGCCACUGAGGAAACGUAUAACACCUUGAGCUCAUCGAUGCUGAAUGCACAACUGAAGAACUUAUGUGUUCCAAAUGUAAACAGUCCACUAUGAAACCUGCUGUUUUACUUUGUGUUAAAGUUGUCUCCACUGUUCUUCGCUCAAAGACAAGACAACGUGUCCUCAAACACGCUGAUAACUAUGCAACAGUGUGAUCGUCCACGUCGGUGGGAAGUAAAGCUGCUGUGUGAUUCACAGGUCUUUUAAUAACACUGAAUAACCUGACAGUGAGGGGUUUGCUCGUGUGUAACUACCAGAGCAGUGUUUAAUUUAUCCAUCCCAGUGAAGAAUCUGAGGAAUUAUCUUUUAAUGGUACAAGAUGAUUUCAUUUGUGUUCACAUUCCGCAAACUCUUCAUUUUAAGUUAUAUGUUGUUUUACAAUGUCAGCGAUGUCUUUGUUUUACAAGAUUAAACAUACAUGUGAAACACUAAAAUAUUCCAAAUGA